AUGGAUCGAACCUGCAACUUGGAAGAAGGCCUUUUUGAGAGGACACUCAGUACACGCGACCCUUCACCAGAGGAAAACAUUGGGGCUUUGGGCUGGCUGGCUUUCAGCUGGUUUACACCCAUUGUCGACUUAGCCUUUCGACGUGACCAGGAGAACGGGAAGUUGGAGCCCACUGAUGUUUAUCCUCUAACGCGGAAGAACGUGGCAGCAAGACAGCUGGAGCGACUGGAUCAGCAUUGGCAGGUGGAGCUCCAGAAGGAGAAGCCGGCCCUCAUCAAGGCAAUGAAGAGAGCUUUUUGGAAGGAGGUGUUCGGCACUGCGUGGGUGAAGUUUAUCAACGACUGUCUGCACUUUGUUGGGCCGUUUCUAUUGAACAGGAUUGUCAACUUUGUGAAUGGCGUGGGCUUCGAAGGAGAAGAGCCUUUGUGGAUGGGCUACAUGUAUGCUAUUGGAAUGGUGCUGUCGUCAGGAUGUCAGGCAUUCCUGAUGGCGCAUUAUUUCCAAGGAGGUUACCAGACCGGCAUGCGAUUGAGAACUGGCCUGAUUCUGAUGUCUUACAGCAAGGCGUUGCGUGUAUUGCCAUGGGCAACGCCACCUCCGAAAGAGGAACCUCAAGAGCAGCAACCAAGGCGGUGUUGCAAAAAAAACGCCUAA